AUACUGGGUAGGAAAAUUUUGACAUUUACCUUGUGGACAAACAAAACAAUUCUUUGACAAAUUAAAUAAAAAAAGACCGCAAAGAAUCCCAGGAUUUUUUAAGAGAAAACAAAAUGUCUCGUAAAGAAGCUCUAUCACAAUUUAUAAAUCAAAUUCAUGGACGUCCGGUUGUUGUAAAACUCAACAGUGGUGUUGAUUAUAGAGGCGUUUUGGCAUGUUUGGAUGGUUAUAUGAAUAUAGCUCUUGAUCAAACUGAGGAAUACGUCAAUGGCCAACUAAAAAACAAAUAUGGAGAUGCCUUUAUACGUGGCAACAAUGUUCUAUACAUAUCCACACAAAAAAGAAGAGUAUAAUUUAAAAUAAAACAAGUUUUUAUAUGGA